GGGCACGAUCACUUUUGUCUUUUGGAUCGCGAGCGGCAGGGUUCACAUUCCUUCUCUCUCUCCUCAGGAGAUUUUCUUGUUGUAUUGGAUCUGGAUCUUUAGCAGAUGAAAUAUUAUGUUCGACUGUAAAAUUGUGUGAUAAUGGCGAUGUGCUAGUGGUUCUGAUGGAUUGACCCGUGGAUCUGUAUGUGGACAGAUCGAGGGACCGACGGAUCUGAGUCCGUUAUCCCGGAGAAACCCACAUCAACACCCGAAACGCGUUUACUAUCAAGAUGAACAACACAGAGAAACAGAAUCAGUGUGAUGAAGACUGUUUAGAAGAAGAAGAGCUCGAUCCCAGGGUUCAGGGGGAGCUGGAGAGACUGAAUCAGUCCACAGAUAACAUCAACCGCUGGGAGACAGAACUAGAGGACUCCAGACAGAAGUUUCGAACUGUUCUCAUGGAGGCGACCAUCAAGCUGGACGAGCAGGCGAAGAAGAUCGGUAAAGCUGUUGAAGACUCAAAACCAUACUGGGAAGCCAGACGAGCCGCACGUCAUGCUCAGUUAGAAGCUCAGAGAGCGACACAGGAGUACCAGCGGGCGAUCGAGAUCCUGCGGGCAGCAAAGGAAACCAUUGCGCUGGCCGAGGAGCGUUUACUGGAAGAGGACAGUAGACAGUUCGACUCGGCAUGGCAAGAGAUGCUCAACCACGCCACACAGCGGGUGAUGGAGGCGGAGCACAGCAGGACACGCAGCGAGAUCCAGCACAGAGAAACAGCGGCCAAAUACAACGCCGCCAUCGGCCACAUGAGACAAAUGGAGAAGAAACUCAAACGCACAAUCAACAAGUCCAGGCCGUACUUUGAAUUGAAGGCGAAAUAUUACCUACAGCUCGAGCAACUUAAAAGACGAGUGGAUGAUCGGCAAGCCAAACUGACCCAAGCCAAAGGCGAAUACCGGACCGCUCUUAAAAACCUGGAGACCAUCUCAGAUGAGAUCCACACACGGAGACGACUCUCUGCUAUGGGACCCAGGGGCCGAGGGGUCGGGGCCGAAGACGACCGGGCCAAUAAUGACGACAUCACCAACUUUAAAAUGGAGUCGGAUGGCAUAUCUAUGAUCUCUGUGAACAUUGAGGAGGAUGAGAAUUGUAAUGGUUAUACAUCAGAAGAUGACCCAGAGACACAAUCCACCUGCAGUCAGAGCUCCACUUCUGCUCCUGUAGAUCUGCGCUGCCCGUAUCCCUCCUCUCCUGACACCUAUCCCAAGCUCUCGUCCUCCUGUCCGUACCCUUCAUCGUCAUCCUGUCCUUCAUCACCGUCGGUCUGCCCGGAUGUUCUUCAGCUGCCGGGCUCCGGGUCUCUGGAGGGUUUUGAGCAGGUGUCUCCUGUGCUGGGACCUCGCAGUGAGUGCAGUGGAGCAUCAUCGCCUGACUGUGAACAGGAAAGAGGUGAAAGGGCAGAAGGAGCUGAAGGUAAACCUGAAUCUACAAACAACAACAACAACAACAUCAUCAUGAGUCAGAAGAGCUCACAGCUGGAGAGUCUGAGCAGAUUAUCACUCCAAACUACAGAUGAUAAUGAAACUGACAGCAUCUCUUACACCGUCACCUCCAACACAUCUGCAGUGCUGCUACUAAACACGGUUUAAAUCGGACACCUUCAGCACAAAAGACUCAAAUCUAAGACUUUUAUGUGUCAAACUCCACCCAGUGUUGUAUGUGAAACUAUUAUUAUCAUCUCAGUAUUAUUAUCUCAAAACAGACUGAACCCAGAAAACAGUGUUACGACGUGUAGACACAUCAGCUAUGACGUGACUGGAAUCGUCACUGAGUCAAUGUUCUUCAUGUUUAAGUCUUCUUACUUUCUGUCUUCUCCUGCGGCGUCCAAUUAAUAAACUUAAAGGGACAGUAAGUAGGGUUUUAAGUGUUUUAUUAAUCAAAAUCAAUGUUUUUAUUCAUAAAAAUGUCUUCAUUGGUGUCAAAUGACCUCUUCCAGUGAUCUGACUUUUCUUUGUAAGCUAAGAAUUUCUUCUGUUUAUUUUCAUCGAAUGGGUAAGUCCAAGGAGGCUUCCAUGUCGUUCCACCGUAUUGAUAAACUAUAAUAGCAGAGAGGGACAUAGCACUAGCCUACCAAUGCGUUUCCACAACACGUUUUCGUUCAGAACACGUGAACCGGCUGACACAGACAAGGAGAUCAGUGAUUACAUAUCGGCUACCUUAGUUGCAAUACGCAUUUGGAAAGGCGAUGCGCUAGAGAGCACUGUUCGUUUGAAUGCAAAAUACAAUUUCACCACUAGAUGGGGGUAAAUCCUACUUAUUGUCCCUUUAAGGCAACUUCUUUUUCAUGUUGGAUGUUUGUCAGUGACUGAAUGAUAUUUUUAUCUUUUAAAUUGUAGGUCAAUAUCUUAGCAGUAAGAUGUUAGUUAACAUCAACUUGCUGAGAGAGACUCGUUAUUCUCUAUAUGACUAAAGAAUAAAGCUCAUAAUUGAUAUAGGAAAUUAGGGGGAUGCCAGUCUUAGCAGAUAUCCGCACUUGUUUUUUACUCAUUUUUUAAAAAAUGUGUCAAUGUUCCUCUGUCAUCUCAGACUUUUCUCAUAGUUUUCCACUUGUGUAGUGUAAAUGUAUAUAUUUAUACUCAAUGUUUGUCUUGUUACUAUUAUGUUACAAAUGUGUUAUCACUGCACAAAAUUCAUAUUUGUGUAAUAAACAGAUGCUCACAGCAUGA